UCGGUCUCUGUCUUUUCUGAUUCUGUUGCCCACGGUCCCCGAGGGUGCAGCUGCGGCUCUAGUCACACCAGUCCGGUGCGAACCUCAGAAAGGAACCAUGGCAAAGGCUGCAGCCACCGGACGCAAUCUUUCCCUAGUUCUGCGCCUUUUCGUUCUACUGAGCUGUCUGGGAUCUUCACUGCAGCACCGUCAGCCCACUUUACAGACCACCAUGCUUUCUCAGUAUGAACACGGACAAAUUGUUGGUGCCUCCUGGAGAUUUAACAUCAGUGGAAAGUACUCCUUCAUCUUCAACACAAUGAAUAUAAAUUGGACACUGAUUGAUCAUGAAGCUGGUGGUAUCAUGAACACAUGGAAGGAUGAUCAACACUUAAUAAAAGAUCUCAAGACAAUAUCCAUAGCAGACUGCAGGCACUGGCUCAAAAAACUCUUAAAGCACCAUAAGGAAAAGCCAAACUCACUGUUGCUUUUCAUCUCACUUGAUCUUUCUUCUUCACUGGCACCAUCUUCACAGGUUGAAGAUGCUCCAGGAAAGUCGUGA